CUGACAGCCACACUGCCGUUACUACUACAGUACUAGUACUAGAGUCAUCUUUACUGAGUCACGUAUACGCAAGAACCGGUUGACUCGGCAUCUUAGACAUACUUUACACCACUAAGGCAUUCAGGUCGGCUUGGUCUUCAUGGUUUCAUCCACCCAGACAGCCGCAGGACCAGUGAUUACAUCCACGGUGAUCGUCCUGACUGCACUUAUAUGUUGCGUGAGGUCAGGCUGGUUAUUUCCACAAUCGGCAUGCUCACCUAAAAAAUUACGAGACAAGUUGCCGAAAAGUCUUUCUCAAUGGCAGUUGCCAGGUGCUACAAAGGAUUGUGAAGAAAUCUGGGAAUACCUAGACAAAGUACUCUCUGAAAAUGAACUCGAGCAAUGGUCUCAUACUGGACUCCAACUCAUGAGGGCACCUAACGAUUCUCGUAUGGCUAGCGGUUUUGCAUACAUUACAGCUAGUCGUGGGAUGGGCCCUGGUCCAGGCACUGCAAGAAGCCUCAUUGGAUUUCAGUACAUCAAUCCUAUCUUACGAGUUGUACGUAUGAAAGAGGGUCACGACGUCGCCAUUCGUGUUAUUACUGUCAAGGACAAGGGUCACGAACAACUGAAGAUCCUCAAGAAGGUCGCCUGUAGUCCUCACAGUUUGCUCAGCAACAACCAUUGCCUCCCCAUGUUCAAAACUUUUGAACUCGAGGAUAUUACCUUCGGCAUAUUCCCUCUAGUUGGUGGUUGUUUGGAUGAUGCAUAUGGCUAUUGGCCGAAAAACUCCGUGGGUGACAUUGUCGAUAUGGUCAUGCAGGCAUUGGAGGGUCUCGCGUUUCUUCAUGAGCAAGGAAUCGCACAUCGUGAUGCGGACAAAUCGAAUUUUCUGGUUCAAUGGCAUCCCGAAUCUUUGCGCACCAUGACCAUAGCUCUUUCGCGACCUCGGGUGUACAUUAUUGACUUCGAAGUUGCGGUGGAAUAUCCAUCUGAUUCUCUACCCGAAGCUCGGGUCUCUGUGGGACCACCGGCAGGUGGUACAAUCGUCGAAUCAGGUUGGAGUAGACCGCUCCCGCCCGAAGUGCAGUCUGGACAACCGUACAGUCCUUUCAAGCUGGACGUAUGGCAAUUUGGCUAUAGCUUCGUCACCUUUAGAUCCACCAUUCCUGCUAUCGAUCAGGUCUUCGCUGGGCUCAUCCUUGAUGAUCCCGUCGCUCGUCCUGCUGCAAGCGAGGCGUUAGCCAAGCUGAGCAAGGUGGUUUAUAGUAUUCCACCGGAAGCCUUGCUUAUUGAGCCUGUGAAACUGAAUGUCGAGUCUCAAUGACGUUCAGCGCAGACAUCAACGGAGCUGUCACGUACUUAGUAUCUCAUUUUCCUGCAAGUUUGCCGUGUUAGCUUGCUUUAUGUUGUUUUGCUUUUCAUUGUUUGCUACCAUUCACUUUGCGACGAUAUUUCAGUUUCGUGGGACCCAGCUCUCAGGGCCGAAUUUAUACCGGAUUUUCUGUCAAUUUGAAUCCGCUUCGGGACACAAUUGUAUCUCAAUUCGUAGAUAUAUUCCGCCCUCAGAAUUCUACAAAACAUUAGAGCGAUC